GGGCCCGGGGACUGGCCGAGGCCUGGUGGUCGGUGUGUGUGUGAGUGAGUGAGUUUCCCUCGGAGAGAGGCGGGGACAGGCGGCGGGAGGACAGCCCCGAGCGGAGCCCAGCCCAGCCCAGCCCAGGCCUGAGAGCGGGGCCCGGGGAGGGAGGAGGACGUUAGUCCGAGUGUCGAGGUGGUCGGGGGGCGGGGGCGGCCGAGGCGUGAGAGAGAAGAUGAACAAGCUGAAAUCCUCGCAGAAGGAUAAAGUGCGCCAGUUUAUGGUCUUCACGCAAUCCAGUGAGAAAACCGCAGUGUGUUGUUUAUCGCAAAAUGACUGGAAGUUAGACGUUGCCACAGACAAUUUUUUUCAAAAUCCAGAACUGUACGUUCGAGAAAGUCUGAAAGGUUCAUUGGAUAGAAAGAGGUUAGAACAGCUAUACAAUAGAUACCGAGAUCCUCAAGACGACAAUAAAAUAGGAAUCGACGGUAUACAGCAGUUCUGUGAUGACUUAGGAUUGGAUCCAGCCAGUAUUAGUGUGCUGGUCGUGGCAUGGAAGUUCCGAGCAGCCACUCAAUGCGAGUUCACAAAGCAAGAGUUCAUAGACGGUAUGACAGAGCUAGGGUGUGACAGCAUAGAAAAACUGAAAGUCCUCCUGCCUAAGUUGGAACCAGAGUUAAAAGAUCAAGGAAAAUUUAAGGAUUUUUACCAGUUCACGUUCAACUUUGCAAAGAACCCCGGCCAGAAGGGGUUAGAUUUAGAAAUGGCAAUCGCCUACUGGAAUUUAGUACUUGCCGGCCGAUUCAAAUUCUUAGAUCUAUGGAAUAAAUUUUUAUUGGAACAUCAUAAAAGAUCAAUACCGAAGGACACCUGGAAUCUCCUGCUAGACUUCAGCUCUAUGAUUGCUGAUGACAUGUCAAAUUAUGACGAGGAAGGAGCGUGGCCAGUGCUUAUUGAUGACUUUGUGGAAUUUGCACGUCCACAAAUCACUGGGACAAAAAGUACUACAGUGUAGCAUUGAGGAACCUUGUCGCAGGAUGUAUGUACAUGAUGUGUACAGAAUGGAAACUUCAACAAAUAAUGCACAGUCAUUUCACAUUUAGUUAAUAAAAUGCAGAUCAACGGAUUGAAGUGAAGAUCAAUCCUUUUUUAUUUUAUCCCGAGGGUUGAUAACACCAAAAAAAAGGACUUUUCUUCGAUCGUAUCCAUUCAUUUAAAAAUGGUGGUUUGGGCUUCUGUCUAUAGUCAGGACCUCUCUGUAAUUUCAUCAGCAAAAUGAGUGUGAGUUUCAUCUGUAUGCUCUUUGGGAUCCUGUACCAUUCAUCUUCUAUCAAUUUGGAAAGACUUUCCUGAAAGGAUAAAGUUAAACGGUGCUUUUUUUUUGUUUGUUUGACAUCGUUAAAAAAAAGCACGCCCUCGCAGUCUUCGUUUGGGAAGGAACCCGAGCGUUGGAUCAGCGGACACCUGGAAUGGCUGGUUUAGCAGUGGAAUGGAAAACCUUGAUGUGAUCUUAGUACUUUUUAAAUUAUGUAAACGGGGCAGGUUGAACCAAUACAAAAAAAAUGUUGCUUUA